CUCUCUUUUAAUUCUCAUAAUCUACACUCCUUAAUUGUGCUACCGCCAUGGCAGCACAUCCGCUCCCCAUUGCGGUCGAUCCAGUGGCCCUUGUGACAACAGAAUGUAUCACCGUCACUUCUGCUAUGCGCAAACAUGCCCGCUGGGCUCACUCCUCCGUCUCCGCUAUCCUAGGCGGGUCGUCCGCCGUCUCCAGAGUCUACGACCGUGAUGCCCAACAAAACACCUCGUCCCCUCCGAGUCCUCGAAGCGGUGCGCCAUCGACCCCCAGGUUGAGGGCGGCCCUGGACGAAGACCAUGCCUUGGCCAAUCGAUGGGGUCUGCGGGGGAAGAAAGGAAAGAGCAUGCAGGACAAUCCCUUAAUAUCAGCCUUUACUCGUCUGCGCAGUGAUCUUAAAGGAUGCAGAGAUAUUCGCACCUUCGAUACCCCGGCGUUGCUGCAUCCAUUCUUGCAGGUCAUCCGUUCCUCCUCGACCUCCGCCCCCAUUACCUCGCUUGCGCUGGUCGCUAUCACUAAAUUCUUCUCCUACGAUAUCGUUAAUCGGAACUCCCCCCGAAUUUCAAUGGCCAUGCAGCUUUUGUCCGCCGCCACGACCCAUUGUCGAUUUGAAGCCAGCGACUCCUCCGCCGACGAGAUCGUGUUGUUGCGCAUUUUGAACUUAAUGGAGGGCAUACUGUCACGGCCCGAGGGUGAGCUACUGGGGGAUGAGAGUGUCUGCGAGAUGAUGGAAACCGGCCUGAGCAUGUGCUGUCAGGUCCGUCUGUCCGAAGUCUUGCGGCGGUCAGCGGAGAUGGCCAUGGUCAACAUGUGCCAGGUUAUAUUCAUGCGUCUCUCUCAACUGGAAGUGCCCUCACCGUCAGACCCGAAUGAUCCCUCACGGCAGGAAUCCACGGGGGAGGGCAAAACGCCCAAUUUCAGAAUGGACCCCUCUGUAAAUGGAGACACGGUCACCUCGCAACAUCCAUCCGCCAUGGGGUCCGAUACAGCUACCCCGGAGCGCGAACGCAUCAGUGGGGAUGAAGGGAUCCCGGACCAGGCUGCUAACGGAAGUGCUGUCGCUGCCCCGCCGAACCCACAUGAUAGCGAGCAAGACGAAGUCACACCUUAUUCGCUGCCAUCAAUUAAGGAACUGUUUCGUGUUCUGAUCGACCUCUUAGACCCCCACAACCGACAGCAUACGGAUCCAAUGCGGGUGAUGGCGUUGAGAAUCAUCGAUGUCGCCCUCGAGGUGGCUGGUCCAUCUAUCGCCAAACAUCCCAGUCUGGCCGCAUUGGCCAAAGAUGACCUUUGUCGACACCUCUUCCAGCUAGUUCGCUCAGAAAAUAUGGCCAUUCUCACCGAGUCGUUGAGGAUCGCUGGUACUCUGCUGUUGACCUGUCGUCCGGUGCUUAAGCUUCAGCAAGAAUUGUACCUUUCGUAUCUAGUAGCCUGUCUUCAUCCUCGGGUCGACAUUCCCAGAGAACCAGGUAUCGAUCCAGCGCUCUAUGAUGGCAUUCCCCAAGCUCCUAAAUUAGUCAAACCUGCGCCUUCUCAGACCAGCAGUGGACGAUCUACGCCGGUUCCUGUAAAGGACCGUCAGAAACUCGGACUUGAGGGAGGCUCACGCAGACCGGAGACUCGCGAAGCAAUGGUGGAGAGCAUUGGCGUCUUGGCUCGCAUCCCAACCUUUAUGCCGGAGUUGUUCGUCAACUAUGAUUGUGACCCGGACCGAGCGGAUUUGUGCGAAGAUAUGAUCGGCCUUCUCUCCCGAAAUGCGUUUCCGGACUCGGCAACUUGGAGCACAACCAAUGUUCCGCCUCUCUGCUUGGAUGCGCUUCUUAGUUACGUGCAGUUCAUUCAUGACCGAUUAGAUGACGAGUCGGAACUUGAGGACUUCCCGUCUCUAGAUAGACUACGAAGCCAGCGUCGAAGAAAGAAGAUCAUCGUCCAAGGCACGCAGAAAUUCAACGAAGACCCCAAGGCCGGAAUUGCCCACCUCACUGCACAAGGAAUCAUCGAGAAUCCCGAUGACCCCACGCAGGUCGCGAGAUUUUUGAAGGGAACAAGCAGGGUGUCGAAGAAGAUCCUGGGAGAAUACAUAUCGAAGCGAUCCAAUGAAGCUCUCCUGGAUGCGUUCGUUGACCUCUUUGAUUUCGCGGGCAAGAAUGUUGUUGAGGCUCUGCGCGACCUUCUGGGCGCUUUCCGUCUGCCUGGCGAGUCUCCGUUGAUUGAACGGAUUGUAACCACCUUCUCCGAUAAAUACGUGCAGAAAGCCCAGCCCGAGGGCGUUGCUGACAAGGAUUCUCUGUUCGUGCUGACCUAUGGUAUUAUCAUGCUGAACACUGAGCUGUACAACCCGAACAUCAAGUCGCAAAAUCGCAUGUCUUGCGAAAGCUUCUCCCGAAACUUGCGCGGAGUAAACGCAGGAGGCGACUUUGCACCAGAAUUUCUCCAGGAGAUCUAUAACUCCAUCAAACAUAACGAGAUUAUCUUGCCCGAUGAGCACGAAAACCAGCAUGCGUUUGACUAUGCUUGGAAGGAGCUAUUGCUCAAGUCCUCGGCGGCGGAAGACUUGGUGGUUGGCGAAACCAACCUCUACGAUGCGGAAAUGUUCGAGGCCACCUGGAGGCCGGUUGUUGCAACUCUUUCAUAUGUUUUCAUGUCCGCUUCGGAUGAUGCAGUCUACUCCAGAGUCGUCAUGGGGUUCGACCAAUGUGCGCAAAUCGCGGCCAGAUAUGGUUUGACUGAGGCAUUUGAUCGGAUCAUUUUCUGCUUGGCUUCCAUUAGCACGCUCUCCACGGAAAAUCCUCCCAGUACGGCCUUGAACACCGAGGUACAAGCCGGAAAGAAGAGCGUUAUGGUCAGCGAGCUGGCAGUCAAGCUUGGGAGGGAUUUCAGAGCACAGCUGGCUGCUGUGGUUCUCUUCCGUGUUCUACGCGGCAAUGAAUCCGUGCCCCGAAACAGCUGGAAAUAUGUUGUUCGAAUCCUCAGUAACCUAUUCAUCAAUUCCCUCAUUCCACCCUUUGAUAAUGCUGAACUCAACAUUUCUCAAAUUCCUCUGCAACCCCCUUCACAGGUCGUGGACCGUGUCAACCGUGCAAAUGAUACCGGCCUGUUAUCAGCUUUCACGUCUUAUCUCUCGAGCUACGCAGCCGACGACCCUCCUGAACCAUCAGACGAAGAACUCGACAACACGCUGUGUACAGUGGACUGUGUGACCGCGUGUGCUAUCGACGAUGUUGUGGCCAACAUCAGGUCUCUCCCCGUGCCGGCUGUCGCGUCAUUAGUGGAAUCUCUGAUCGCUCUCUUGCCUGAAGAAUCUACCCCGGCAGUCAUUGUCGUGAAGCACGAACGACCUGCAUCGCGGAUGGCAAACGGCAAAGUCGACCCUAACCAACCCGGUUACGAUCCCGCAAUGAUUUACCUUCUGGAGUGGGCAACCAUACUCACGCUUCGCGAUGAGGAAACGAUGGGAACGGCUGGGGAGUCGCUGGCGACUUCCUUGCAGGCGUUCAUUCGAGAUGCCAGGAACAUCCACCCACUUGCAUUGUCGCGAAUCAUCACCUAUCUGCUAAACCUGUUGCGCCUUGGUCAUGAACAACCGUUCAUGCGAGUACCCGUCAUUCUUCACGGAAUCUCCAGUUUCGAUCAGGAUAUCCUUGAGAGUGUCGCGAUUCCGAUCGUGAAUGCUCUUUCGCAAUGCGUCACUGAUCCAGGCCUCUUGAGAAACCAGAUCACUGUUUCUCCUGACUUCUGGUCGAUUUUGCAGCGGCUGCAUCAGCACGCAGAGGCUGCGCCAUUGGUUUAUGAGCUUCUUCAGACCAUCGUUGACUCCACGCCUCCGAUUGUCAGUGCAGAUAACUAUGAGUCCGCCGUUGGUCUCGCGAAUGAAUUCAUCUCUGCUGGUAGCGUUGGUGCAUUCGAAGAGAGGCAGAGAGACGCACUUUCUCGACGGACCAAGGGUGUUAAGCAGCCGAAGCAAAGUGAAAACCAGGUUGUUGCUCGCGGUGUCAAGGCCAUUGGUUUGAUUUAUCACCUAACCAGGCGUGCUCCCGCACUUAUCUCCCAGUCACACCUGGAAAAGACUGAGGCUUGGUCUGCGUACUGGACUCCCAUUUUCCAAACCUUGACCUCCCAGUGCAUCAACCCUUGCAGGGACAUCCGACACCACGCCAUAUCCACACUCCAGCGCGCGCUUCUGUCCGUCGAGUUGAUUUCCGGUGACGAUAAGGACUGGACUUCUAUCUUCGACCAGGUCCUCUUCCCGCUUGUCCUACGAUUGCUGAAGCCCGAGACCUACCAUUCGGACCCGCGUGGAAUGAGCGAGACUCGUGUACAAGCAGCAACUUUGAUCUGCAAGAUCUUCCUCCGCUAUCUCGAUCAGCUCCCGAACCAGGAUGCCAUGUUGGAUCUAUGGUUGAAGAUCUUGGAUAUCCUUGACCGAAUGAUGAACAGCGGCCAAGGUGAUAGUCUGGAGGAAGCCAUCCCCGAAAGUCUCAAGAACAUCCUCCUGGUCAUGGCAGAUGGAGGCCACUUGGUCCCGCCAUCCCAAGACGCCAGCAAGGAGCAGAUCUGGGUUGAGACUAAGAAGCGCUUGGAGCGAUUCCUCCCCGCUCUCUUCGCGGAGAUUUUCCCUGAUGCUAACCAGGAAAAGUCUGCGCCUGUUUCUGGGGUUUCAUCACCUGUUCCUCCAUCGUCGUCGGCCGGUGAGAAGGCUAAUGACGAAGAUACUGGCGCUGCUGAAGCUGGUGCUGGUGGUGAUGAAAAGAGCGAUUAGACUCCCACAUUAUUUCUUGCUUUUCUUAUUUUCUCCCUUUUUAUACCUUCUACAUUAUCAUUCACGUACGGGUAAUGGUCUGUUUCGGUUAAUAUGUUGGCACUCGGCUCUUUGACAUUAGCGUGGGUGGUUUCUGAGAUGCAUACGUGUAAAUAUAUAAUCUCAUCAAUUGAACAAGAAUGGGACGUACAGCAAGACCUCAAGGAACCAGGUAUUUCUGAG